GUACUUAAAUCAACCAACUGUUCAGACAUUUUUGAGGUAGACAUUUCUGGUAUAGUUCGACCAUUACUUACUGUACCCAAUCGUGGUUUAAUCUACGAAAAUCCAGUCAUCGUUAAAAAACGAUUUAGCAAUCGUUUUAGCUAUUUCAAUUUCACAUUCAAAUAUGUAACAAGGUUAUUUAUUCUCGUUUCCUUUUAUUAA